AAACAAGAAGAGUACCAUAUACCUUCCCCCAUACUCCCUCUUCCAAAACUCUCACCACCACCUUCAUCAUCACCUGCACCAAAUCCUCCAAUUUUCCUGGUUCUCUCUUCUUGGCAGAAGGCAGAGGGGGGGCAUUUUGGAAAAGAGUACCCUCGAAGUCUCCUCCUCCUCCCCCACCACCUCCACCACCGCCUGCACCACCACCACCACCUCCUCCUCCUCGUCCUCUACCUUCCCUUAGUAUUCUUUUCUUGGGGGCCUUGCAGUGAAGUCCAAGAAAGAAUGAUGGCGGUUGUUGCCCCUGCGGUUGCUGUCUCGGCUGUUACCACCACCUCUUCCUGACUGACUCCCUCUCACACACACUCUUAUUUCCUUCAAUCCUUUUCUUCUCCAACAAACCAUCCCAUCCCAACCCAUCCUAUCCCCCAUUUGUCCCACUCCCUCUCGUUCGUUCCCGAUUUGCUUCUACCUUCAUACAUAUCUGGAGCUCCUUGGAAACGAGGGACGGGUUUUCUUCUAGUGUUACAAACUUCGAGUUGUUUCUAUAAAUAUAAAUAUAUAUACAGAGGUUUAUGGUUGUGAGAGGGUAAUUCUGGCCGUUCUUGGUAAAGAUGACGAUGGAACACGGGGAGGAUUGCUGCGUCAAAGUGGCGGUCCACAUCAGGCCGCUCAUCGGGGACGAGCGGCUGCAGGGCUGCAAGGAUUGUGUCGCCGUCGUCCCUAAGAAGCCGCAGGUCCAAAUUGGCACUCAUUCUUUUACUUUCGAUCAUGUAUAUGGUAGUACAGGUUCUCCAUCAUCUGUCAUGUUUGAAGAAUGCAUCGCGCCACUUGUUGAUGGUUUGUUCCAAGGAUACAAUGCUACUGUUCUCGCAUAUGGUCAGACGGGUUCAGGGAAAACAUACACCAUGGGAACUGCAUGUAGGGAUGGUUCUCAAACUGGACUUAUCCCUCAAGUUAUGAAUGCAUUGUUCAGCAAGAUUGAGACCUUGAAACAUCAAGCAGAAUUCCAAUUGCGUGUUUCAUUCAUUGAGAUUUUAAAAGAAGAAGUGAGGGAUUUGUUGGAUCCUGCAUCUUCCGGCAAACUUGAGGCGGGCAAUGGACAUGCAGGGAAGGUAGCGGUACCUGGAAAACCUCCAGUACAAAUCCGUGAGGCAUCAAAUGGGGUCAUAACACUUGCAGGAUCUACUGAAGUUGAUGUCCAUUCCCAAAAGGAAAUGGCUGCUUGUCUGGAGCAAGGUUCACUGAAUCGUGCAACUGGAAGUACAAACAUGAACAACCAGUCAAGCCGUUCCCAUGCCAUCUUCACUAUCACAUUGGAGCAGAUGCGCAAACUUGAUCCAAUUAUUAGUGCUGAUGGCGUCCCAAUUGAGGAUAUGUCUGAAGAUUUUCUAUGUGCAAAGCUCCAUCUAGUAGAUCUUGCCGGAUCAGAGCGGGCUAAGCGAACAGGUUCAGAUGGUCUUCGAUUCAAGGAAGGGGUUCAUAUUAACCGGGGGCUUCUAGCUCUUGGAAAUGUCAUAAGUGCUCUUGGGGAUGAGAAAAAGAGGAAAGAAGGAGCCCAUGUUCCUUAUCGUGACAGCAAACUUACUCGGCUCUUGCAGGAUUCACUUGGUGGAAACAGUAGGACUGUCAUGAUAGCCUGUAUCAGCCCAGCAGAUAUUAAUGCAGAGGAAACACUUAACACACUGAAAUAUGCUAAUCGUGCUCGCAACAUUCAAAAUAAGCCCAUUGUUAACAGAAAUCCAAUAUCAGAUGAAAUGCAAAGGAUGCGCCAGCAUAUCGAAUAUCUGCAGGCAGAGCUACUUUGUGCUCGUGGGGGAGGAGCCACAUCUGAUGAAAUUCAGGCUCUGAAGGAGAGAAUUUCUUGGCUGGAAUCUACCAAUGAAGAUCUUUGUAGGGAACUCUAUGAGUAUCGCAAUCGUUCUGCUCACACUGAAUAUUGUGAAACAGAUGUUCAAAAAGGUGGAAACUGUUUUGUGAAAGCAGAAGGGCUGAAGAGGAGCUUGAAGAGUAUGGACUCUUUUGACUACCAAAUGGAUGAAACCCUAAGAGGUGAUAAUUCCAAGGAAAUUGAUGAAGAAGUAGCGAAAGAAUGGGAACAUACAAUGUUGCAAGACACUAUGGGCAAGGAAUUGAAUGAGUUAAAUAGGCGAUUGGAACAGAAAGAGUCUGAGAUGAGAAUGUUUGGAGGGUUUGACACUCUUGCUCUUAAGCAGCAUUUUGGGAAGAAGCUCAUGGAGCUUGAGGAGGAGAAAAGGAUAGUGCAGCGAGAGAGGGAUAGGUUAUUGGCUGAAGUAGAAAGCCUUGCUGCCUCUGAUGGGCAAGCACACAAGUUGCCAGAUAUCCACCUACAGAAGUUAAAGUCCCUUGAAGCACAGAUUUCAGAACUUAAGAAGAAACAAGAAAACCAAGUUCAGCUUUUAAAGCAAAAGCAAAAGAGUGAUGAAGCAGCAAAGAAGCUCCAAGAUGAAAUUCAAUUUAUUAAGGCACAAAAGGUUCAGCUACAGCACAAGAUAAAACAAGAGGCAGAACAGUUUCGCCAGUGGAAGGCUUCUCGGGAAAAGGAACUUCUGCAGUUAAGGAAAGAGGGGAGGAGAAAUGAGUAUGAACGACAUAAACUUCAGGCAUUGAAUCAGCGACAGAAAUUGGUUCUUCAGAGAAAGACAGAAGAGGCUGCUAUGGCUACCAAGAAGUUGAAAGAGUUGCUAGAAGCACGCAAAUCCUCAGCACGCGACAACUCUGCCAUUGCAAAUGGUAAUGCUUCAGCCAAUCAGAUCAAUGAGAAGUCCUUGCAACGGUGGUUAGAUCAUGAGCUUGAAGUCAUGGUGCAUGUGCAUGAAGUUCGUGCAGAAUAUGAGAAACAAAGUCAAGUACGAGCUGCAUUAGCUGAAGAGCUUGCCUUUUUGAAACAAGCGGAGGCAUUUUCCGGAGGGGCUAGUCCCCCAAGAGGAAAGAAUGGAAAUUCUCGGAUAUCCAAUAUGUCAUCUAAUGCAAGGUUAGCAAGAAUAUCAUCACUCGAGAAUAUGCUGAGUAUUUCAUCAAACACUCUUGUAGCAAUGGCUUCCCAACUUUCAGAGGCAGAGGAACGAGAACGUGCAUUUACCGGACGAGGAAGAUGGAAUCAAUUGCGAUCAAUGGGAGAUGCAAAGAGCUUGCUUCAAUAUGUGUUUAAUGUUGCAGCAGAUGCAAGGUGCCAGUUGAGGGAGAAGGAAAUUGAGAUCAAGGAAUUGAAAGAGCAGCUGAAUGAACUUGCUGGUAUCCUCUAUCAGAGUGAAGCACGGAGAAGGGACAUGGAGAAACAGCAAAAGUUGAGAGAGCAAGCUGUUGCAAUUGCAUUAGCCACGUCAUCUUUGGGAAACUCAAAUGGUUCGCUGAAGCAUUGUGCUGAUGAAUCCAACACCCCACUGUCUCCAGUUGCUCUUCCUGCACAGAAGCAACUAAAAUACACUGCAGGCAUUGCCAAUAGCCCAAGCAAAGGGACUGCGACAUUCAACAAGCAGCCACUAAAGAUGGUCCCAAUCGGGCAUUUAUCAAUGGGAAAGAAAAUGGAGGUAGUAGGAAAAGCAGGAAAGCUUUGGAGAUGGAAAAGGAGUCAUCAUCAGUGGCUCCUACAGUUCAAGUGGAAGUGGCAGAAACCAUGGAAAUUGUCUGCAUGGAUCCGGCAUAGUGAUGAAACAAUAAUGAGGGCUAGGCCUAGACCACAGCCUCCUAGAGACAUGAUGUGAUAUGACAUAUUCUUUCUUUGUCACACGUCAGUUCUCAGCCCACACAGCUAACUUUUAAAGGGUAACAACACAGCUGAGUGCAAGUAAGCUUUGACAGAAACCCCUUCUUCAAGCUCUUUACUUAGUGAAGCAAUCAACUUGUAAAUGUUUAUAGGGUUUUGCUUUAGAUGUAAAUUCUGACCAUACAUAUCCAUGAAAACAAUCAAAUACUCAGCCACAUGCUUAUGUUUCAGUCUCCAUCGAUGACGAGACGCCAAAUUGUCCAUUUGGAAUGUAAAGGUUUUUGCUCGUCGGUGAGAAAAGUGGAAACUCUGUUCGCUUGCUUGGUGUUUUGGUUUGAAUGCAUUGGAAGCAUCUUGUAAAGUGAUUCUCGUGCUGCCACCUUCCUCAAAGAAUUGUUGAGCCGAAGGGACUGAUGGAUCUAGCAAUUUAUGAUUGGAGGGGGUGUUGCUGCUUAUUUUUUCCCCAGUUAUUGUAUUACUAAAUCAAAGAAAUUUGAAUACUUAAAUAUUUUGGCCAUUAUGGCUUAUUUGAGUUUUUUUGUAAUGCUUGUCUAUUCUUCUGAGGGUGGGAAGAUAUUUUUGUGAUCUGUGCAUUAACUACCUUUUUCAAUUGUCCAAGUUGAAAGGUUUUGCUCCCCAUCCAUCUGUUUUAAUUGUUUGUAUUGUAGGAACAUGUGAUAAAUAUUUUUCUUUUCAUUGUU